AUGAGCUCACUGUCAGUCAUAGCAGCUAUUCCAGUUUUAACAGUCGGAAUACUGGCGAAUAUUUUCGUGCUGUAUGUAAUCACUAAAGAUUCAUAUUUUUACAAGGUGACGUAUUAUCUAAUUCGAGUAACGAUUAUUUCUGAUAUAAUAUCAACCUUUACCGCGGUUCUUGGUUUCACAUUUAUAACUGCCUUCGACAAUAGUUAUAUCGUUGGUGGCUAUCUAUGUCGAAUCUUUUUCUAUAUUGUGGUAACUUCCUAUACGGUAUCAGUUUUUACCUUGUGCAUGAUAAGCGUCGAUAGAUACUUUGCCAUUAUAAAACCGCAUUCACAGUUGUACAGGAAGCACAAGAAUCGAUUUCUUGUGAUAGCACAAAUUGUUUCAGUUAUUAUUGCCAUCGGAAUUAAUUUACCAGCUGCUUGGUUUAAUAAUGUAUAUCCUGAUGAUACAGAACUUUGCGAUUAUGCUAAUGUUAAUCAACAACAAUCUGUAUAUUUAAUAUCCAUGGCAAUCGUUUUGUACUUAAUUCCUUCAGGAAUUUUGAUAUUCUGUUAUGGUAGCAUUGUUAAUCAUCAAAUACACUACGUUAGGCCAGGCAAUAUAACAAAUGCUAACCGAGAAGACGACCAACUUAGAAAGAAGAAAUUUAUAAAAGCUCUAAUUAUUAUCACGGCAUCAUUCUUGUUGAGCACCUGGCCUUUCUUUGCUACUGGCAUUGGCAUGGCUAUUACAGGCAAAUCAAUGCGGCAAAUCGGAAAAAUUCAUAUAAUUUUGUAUAUUUUAGCAUUUGCUUCAUUUUCGUCAACAGUGGGCAUUGCCGUGAUCAAUCCAUUUUUAUAUUUACAAUUUGAUCAAAAUGUUAGAAAAAAAUCCUUAAAAAUUUUAAGAAAACUAAUGCAUUACAAACACAAUUUAGUUCAAGAAAUUAAUCGUGAUUCAGUAGUAACUGGCCAUACAAAUGCAGUUCAGCCGAACAGGUUUAUUCUUUAUAAUUCUCCUAGUGAAGAUAUUCUGCUCUGA